CCGGAGUUGCAGUGGAAGCUACGGGAGAGGCGGGCGGAGGCAUGGAAAUCCAUGCAUGGCUCUGUCUCCUUUCACAGUAACCAUAUCGAAAAGCGUACGGAUAUUAACUGAACUGUUCGCUUGCAAUGAAGCACAUUGUGUAAGCACAACACACAGAAGAGGAGGCAUUUGACGUUUACUGGACUGAUGGCUCCAGAGUGACAUGCCAUGGCUUUAAUGAUCCCCCCGGUGAAGCUCAAAUGGCUGGAGCACCUAAACAGCUCAUGGAUUACGGAGGACAGCGAGUCCAUUGCCACGCGGGAGGGAGUCUCGGUGCUCUACUCAAAGCUGCUGGCCAACAAAGAGGCUGUGCUGCUGCCCCAGCAGGUGCUGUGUCUGAAAGGCCCCCAGCUUCCAGACUUUGAGCGUGAAUCCCUCUCCAGCGAUGAGCAGGAGCACUACCUGGACGCUCUCCUCAGCAGCCAGCUGGCCUUGGCCAAGAUGGUCUGCUCUGACUCUCCCUUUGCCGCGGCACUGCGCAAACGCGUGCUGGUGCUGCAGCGCAUAUUCUAUGCACUUUCCAACAAGUACCAUGACAAGGGAAAGGUGAAGCAGCAGCAGCACUCUCCCGAGAACAACUCGGGCUCAGCUGAUCUGCACUCUGUCAGUGAGAGACCGCGCUCCAGCACCGACGCCCUCAUCGAGAUGGGCGUUCGCACCGGCCUCAGCCUUCUUUUCGCUCUUCUGCGCCAGAGCUGGAUGAUGCCUCCUCCACCCAGCCCUGGUGGAGGUCCCGGGGGCAACAUAAACUUGUGUAAUGAUGUCAUUCACACAGCCAUUGAUGUGGUCAGCUCCCUGCCGCCCCUCUCUCUGGCCAACGAGAGCAAGAUCCCACCAAUGGGGCUGGACUGCCUGGCCCAGGUCACCACUUUUCUGAAGGGGGUGACCAUGCCAAACUCUGGGGCGGAUAUCCUAGGGCGGCGGCUCGCCUCAGAGCUACUGCUAGGGCUAGCCUCCCAGAGGGGCUCCCUGCGCUACCUGCUGGAGUGGAUCGAGAUGGCCCUGGCUGCAUCAGCCGUGGUCAGCGCUAUGGAGGACAAUAAGGGGCUACAGAACCAGGAAGGGCUUAUUGGCUACGAUUGUUUCAUGAACAUCCUCAUGCAGAUGAGACGCUCUUUGGGCUCCUCAUCAGAUCGCAGCCAGUGGAGAGAACCCACACGGACGUGUGAUGGCCUGUGCUCGCUGUAUGAGGCGGCACUCUGUCUCUUUGAAGAAGUGUGUCGAAUGGCAUCAGACUACUCUCGCACCUGUGUCAGCCCAGACAGCAUACAGACCGGAGAAGCGCCCGUGGUGUCUGAAACCUGCGAGGUGUACGUGUGGGGGAGUAACAGCAGCCACCAGCUAGUGGAGGGGACACAGGAGAAGAUCCUGCAGCCCAAGUUGGCGGCCAGCUUCGCUGAUGCACAGACAAUUGAGGCGGGCCAGUACUGCACUUUCGUUAUCUCGUCUGACGGCUCCGUACGGGCUUGUGGGAAGGGCAGCUACGGCCGCCUGGGCCUCGGGGACUCCAACAAUCAGUCAACACUCAAGAAGCUCACCUUCGAGCCCCACCGUGCCAUCAAGAAGGUGUCGUCCUCCAAGGGUUCAGACGGCCACACGUUGGCCUUCACUACGGAGGGUGAGGUGUUCAGCUGGGGCGACGGUGAUUAUGGCAAACUGGGUCACGGGAACAGCUCAACACAGAAAUACCCUAAACUUAUCCAGGGGCCUCUACAGGGCAAGGUGGUGGUGUGUGUGUCUGCGGGCUACAGACACAGUGCUGCAGUCAGUGAGGAUGGAGAGCUGUACACAUGGGGGGAAGGAGACUUUGGAAGAUUAGGUCACGGAGACAGCAACAGCCGAAACAUUCCUACCCUGGUUAAAGACAUCAGCAAUGUAGGCGAGGUGUCAUGCGGUAGCUCCCAUACCAUCGCACUGUCAAAGGACGGACGCACUGUGUGGUCUUUUGGAGGAGGGGACAACGGAAAACUAGGUCAUGGUGAUACUAAUCGAGUGUACAAGCCAAAAGUGGUGGAGGCCCUGCAAGGAAUGUUCAUCAGAAAAGUGUGUGCAGGAAGCCAGUCGUCUCUCGCCUUAACCUCUACAGGACAGGUGUAUGCUUGGGGCUGUGGUGCUUGCCUGGGGUGCGGUUCUUCCGAAGCCACGGCACUCCGACCCAAACUAAUCGAGGAGCUGGCUACCACCCGGGUGGUGGACAUCUCCAUAGGGGACAGUCACUGCCUGGCCCUGUCGCAUGACAAUGAAGUAUAUGCAUGGGGCAACAACUCCAUGGGUCAGUGUGGCCAGGGGAACUCCACAGGGCCGAUCACCAAGCCCAAGAAGGUGGUGGGCCUGGAUGGAGUCGCUAUUCAGCAGAUCUCAGCCGGCACCUCCCACAGCCUGGCAUGGACAGCGCUGCCCAGAGACAGGCAAGUGGUGGCUUGGCACAGGCCCUACUGUGUCGACCUCGAGGAGAGUACCUUCUCCCACUUGCGAUCCUUCCUAGAGCGCUACUGUGACGGCAUCAACAGUGACGUCCCCCCUCUUCCAUUCCCAUCCUCCAGGGAGCAUCAUAACUUCCUCAAACUGUGCCUUCGGCUUCUGUCCAAUCAUCUGGCUCUGGCGCUGGCCGGGGGCGUGGCCACCAGUAUCUUAGGUCGGCAGGCCAGGCCCCUGAGGAACCUGCUCUUCAGGCUGAUGGACUCCUCCGUGCCGGAUGAGAUUCAGGAGGCGGUGAUCGAGACCCUGUCGGUGGGGGCGACCAUGCUGCUGCCCCCGCUGAGAGAGAGGAUGGAGCUCCUGCACUCCUUGCUGCCUCAGGGCCCCGACAGAUGGGAGAGUCUCUCCAAAGGACAGAGGAUGCAGCUGGACAUUAUCCUGACCAGUCUCCAGGACCACACCCACGUGGCCUCGCUCCUGGGUUACAGCUCCCCCGCCGACGGCCCGGAGGUACUUUGUUCCGGCCCGGGUUUCACAGCCCCCCCGGACCCCACAUAUGGCGCCACAGCAGGACACCCCGACACACACCUGGCUGAGAUCCUCAUGAAGACGCUGCUCAGGAACCUGGGCUUUUAUACCGAUCAGGCGUUUGGUGAGCUGGAGAAGAACAGCGAUAAGCUGCAGCAGGGCAUGUCCUCUAACGACAGCAGCCAGCCAGCUCAUCUCCACCAGCUGCUGUGCUCGCUGCAGAAGCAACUGUUAGCAUACUGCCACAUUAACUCCGUCACUGAGAACUCCAGCAGUGUGGCUUUACUCCACAAGCAUCUGCAGCUGCUGCUGCCUCAUGCCACAGAUAUCUUCUCCCGCUCAGCUGCUCUGAUAAAAGAGAGUUCCUGGAAUGGCAGCAUACAAGAGAAGCUACAAGAUGUGAUCUACGUGUCAGCGGCAGGCAGCAUGCUGUGUCAGAUAAUCAACUCCCUGCUGCUGCUUCCUGUGUCGGUGGCGAGGCCUCUGCUGAGCCACCUGCUGGACCUGCUGCCUCCUCUGGACCGCCUCAACAGGCUGCUGCCCGCCGCCUCCCCUCUGGAGGACCAGGAGCUGCAGUGGCCUCUGCAUGGUACCUCAGACUUUGCUGAGCCGGCCUCUGGGAUGUCUCUGCCACAGCCGGCAUUCUCCUGGGUGUGGCUGGUGGAUCUAGAGAGGACCGUAGCCCUGCUGGUGGGCCGCUGCCUCGGUGGGAUGCUGCAGGGAGCCCCCACCUCGCUGGAGGAGCAGGAUACCGCUUACUGGCUCAAAACGCCUCUCUUCAGCAACGGCCUGGAAGUGGACAUCACUCAGCUCGACGCCUGCAUCAGCUCAUUACUGGAGGCGGCUCUGUCCGGUAAUGAAGAGCAGAAGCCUUUCGACUGCACACUGCGUCCUGAAUUGAGCGUCCUGGUGGAUUUGGCUCUGUGUUCCUCUAAAGAACCCGCCAACAGCCUCUGGAUCAACAUGCAGGACUACGCCAUGAGCAAAGACUGGGACAAUGCCACUCUCAGUAAUGAGUCCCUGCUGGACACUGUGUCCAGGUUUGUGUUGGCAGCUUUACUGAAGCACACAGGGCUGGUGGACCAGGCCUGUGGAGAGGGCAGGUACCAACCAUCCAAGGCUCUUGCAGAGGUGUAUCGCAGUGUAUAUAAGGUACGAAACCGCCUGCUGGCCUGUAAGAACAUGGACUUCAUCCAGACAAGGUCCUCUUCACGUGAGAGGAGGAUUUCAGACAAUCAGGACUCUCUGGAUAUGGACCCUCAGGAGCACUCAUUCACACGCACCAUUGACGAGGAGGCGGAGCUGGAGGAGAGAGCAGACCGCGAGAGAGAAGAGGGCCACCAGGAACAAGACGACGAAGAGGAGGAGCGGGAACACGAAGUAAUGACAGCUGGAAAAAUCUUUCAAUGUUUCCUCUCAGCGCGGGAGGUAGCACGCAGCCGGGACAGAGAGCGGGCCAGCAGCAGCACGGGACUGGGCUCCGGCUCCGUGUCCAGGAGCGUAGGAGGAGAAGAGGAGACUAUAUUGUCUCAGGAGGGGAGGAGGGGCAGCACGGGGCUCCCAGAGGGCCAGGACCUGUACACCGCAGCUUGUAACUCAGUGAUCCACCGCUGUUCCCUGCUGCUGCUCGGGGUGAGCCCGGUGCUGGGCGAGCUGACGAACCAGAACCAGGAGGACGGCCAGAGCCAGUCAGCCACAGGGACGCAGGAGAGCCUGAGCUUCAUGACCAGGAGUGAGAGUCUGAGUGCAGAGAGCCGCUCAGUGCAGAGCAGCCCGAGCUACAGGCUGAUGAAGUCCAGGAGCGAGUCGGACCUCUCUCAGCCCGAGUCAGACGAGGAGGGAUACACUCUGAGUGGAAGGAGAAAUGUUGACCUGGACUUGGCGUUUUCUCACAAAAAGAGAGGCCUACUUCACAGCUCGCCAGACUCCCUGGCUGAGUCCUGGUUCCGCGCCAAACUGAGCCGCCAGCGGAGCUACAGCUCGGCGUUCUCCUACGAAGAGUCAGACCUGGACCUGAGCCGCUCGCUGGGCAUCCACGCCCUCAUCGACAACAUGGUCAGCUUCAUCAGUGGCGAUGUAGGCCUGGCUCCAGCCUUCAAAGAGCCGGAAGAAAGCAUGUCCACCAGCCCGCAGGCCACUAUCCUGGCAAUGGAGCAGCAGCAGAGCAGAGCGGAGCUGCGGUUGGAGGCGCUCCACCAGAUCGUGGUGUUGAUCUCUGGCAUGGAGGAGAAGGGCAGCCAGCCCGGGAAUGCAGAUCGAACCGGCGGUGCCUUCCAGUCCUCCUCCCUGCUCACCUCCGUCAGGUUGCAGUUCCUGGCGGGUUGUUUUGGCCUCGGCACCGUGGGCACCGGAGGGCUGAAGAGAGAGAGCGUGCAGCUCCAUCACUAUCAGGAUGGGGUAAAAGCUGCUAAGAGGAGCCUCCAGAUGGAAAUCCAGACAGCUGUCCAUAAGAUCUACCAGCAGCUGUCUGUCACUCUGGAGAGGGCUCUGCAGGCAAACAAGCACCACAUAGAAGCCCAACAGCGCCUCCUGCUGGUUACGGUGUUCGCGCUGAGUGUUCGCUACCAGCCGGUGGACGUCUCCCUGGCCAUCUCCAGCGGGCUGCUCAACGUGCUGUCGCAGCUCUGCGGGACAGAGACGAUGCUGGGCCAGCCGCUCCAGCUGCUGCAGAAACCCGGAGUGUCCCAGCUCAGCACCGCCCUCAAGGUGGCCUCCACACGCCUGCUGCAGAUACUGGCCAUCAGCACGGGAACAUAUGCAGACAAGUUGAGUCCUAAGGUCGUCCAAUCGCUGCUGGACCUGCUGUGCAGUCAGCUGAAGAACCUGCUGUCCCAGGCAGGAGUCAGUCUCCUCUCUCCUGGAAAAGAGCAAGAAGACAACAAACAGGAGGACAGCGCUGACUCCGAAAAGAAAGACUUCAGAGCAUUGAUCCGUAAGCAGCACACUGCUGAGCUCCACCUCGGAGACUUCCUGGUUUUCCUCAGGAGGGUGGUGUCUUCGAAGGCCAUCCAGUCCAAGAUGGCCUCCCCUAAAUGGACUGAAGUUCUUCUCAACAUAGCUGCACAGAAAUGCUGCUCGGGGGUCCCUCUGGUUGGGAACUUAAGGACUCGGCUCCUGGCUCUUCACGUGUUGGAGGCUGUCCUGCCUGCCUGUGAGACCAAUAUGGAGGAUGACCAAGUCACACAGGUUGUGGAGCGCCUCUUCGCCCUGUUGUCUGACUGCAUGUGGGAAGCUCCCAUUGCCCAAGCCAAACACUCAAUCCAGAUUAAAGAAAGAGUGCAGGAGCUCAAACUGCAGGGAGAGGCAGAAGAGGAGGAUGAGAACCUUCCCAUCCAGGAAGUGUCCUUUGACCCAGAGAAGGCUCAGUGCUGUGUGGUGGAAAAUGGCCAGGGGCUGACGCAUGGCAGUGGGGGGAAAGGCUAUGGCCUGGCCUCCACUGGUAUCUCCUCUGGAUGCUACCAGUGGAAGUUCUACAUCGUCAAGGAGAACCGCGGCAAUGAGGGUACAUGCGUAGGCGUCUCACGAUGGCCCGUGCACGACUUCAACCACCGCACCACGUCUGACAUGUGGCUGUACCGGGCAUACAGCGGGAAUCUUUAUCACAACGGAGAACAAACACUGACCCUUAGCAGCUUCACGCAGGGAGACUUCAUCACCUGUGUUCUGGACAUGGAGGCCAGAACCAUCUCCUUCGGCAAGAACGGAGAGGAACCAAAAUUGGCCUUUGAGGAUGUUGACGCUACAGAGCUCUAUCCCUGUGUGAUGUUCUACAGCAGCAACCCAGGAGAGAAGGUUAAGAUCUGUGACAUGCAGAUGAGGGGAACGCCUCGGGACUUGUUGCCUGGCGACCCGGUCUGCAGCCCCAUGGCCACCGUCUUGGCCGAGGCCACCACACAGCUGAUCCGCAUCCUACACCGCACAGACCACUGGACCCACCGCAUCAACAAGACCAUGACGGAGCGCCUCCACAAGAUCAAACCCUGCUUCAGAGAGUCCGCCAGUGCACCCGGCAGCGGGGGAGGUCAGAGGCUGAAGAAGAGCCGCUCGGUGCAGAGCCGCGAGGAGCACGACGCUCAGAGGGAAAGCCAAGAAACCCCCACGAGGACGGAGGAGGAGAGGGGCCGCCACGGACGGCAGCACGGCUUGGGGGAGCUGUCGGAGCACCACCUCAGGACACUCUGCACGGAGGUGUGGCCGGUCCUGGCGGUGAUCGGAGGGGCGGACGCAGGCUUGCGCGUCGGUGGGCGAUGUGUGCACAAGCAGACCGGGAGGCACGCCACUCUGCUGGGCGUGGUGAAGGAGGGCAGCACCUCGGCCAAGGUGCAGUGGGACGAGGCCGAGAUCACCAUCAGCUUCCCAACUUUCUGGUCGCCUAGUGACACUCCGCUGUACAACCUGGAGCCCUGCGAGCCGCUUCCCUUCGACGUGGCACGCUUCCGUGGCCUCACUGCCUCACUGCUGUUGGACCUCACCUACCUCACCAGCAUCCACGAGGAAACCGCCGCCAAGCUCAGCGCGCGACGCCACGACAAGAGGCAUCGCAACGCAGCCUCCACCGGGCACGAGCCCACGGGAAAUGAAGACAAGGUGGAGAACGAGGGGCACAACCGUAACGAACAAAAAGAUAACCACGGAGUUUCCUCUGGAGCGCCAAUCACCUCUGACAUGAGGGUGUCCCACAGCCUGGAUGAGGUGAAGGCACAUGCAGCACCCAACUCAAAGUCAGAGAGCGAGAUCUCCUCUGUGGUCAGCGGAGGAAACGAGACCCUCUUCACUGCAGCUCCUCACACUCCUGGUGAGGGAAGCAGAAAGAAAGGCCAUGAGCACGGCUCCCGCAGCCACGAGACUUCGCCCUCCUCCUUCGCCACGCAGUCGGAAAUCCAUGCUGUGCAGCUCUCCUACCUCUACCUGGGAGCCAUGAAGACCCUGAGCGCCCUGCUCAGCUGCAGCAAGUAUGCUGAGCUGCUGCUCAUACCAAAGGUGAUACCGGAGGUGGCACCCAGCGGGCACAACGCUGAUCUGAACGCCAGCACCAACGGGAGUACAGCUGCCACCUCGCCGGUGUGCCAGGAAGAGGUGGAGAUGCGAGCGGCUCUGCAGUUCCUCAUGCGCCAUAUGGUGAAGAGGGCAGUAAUGCGCUCCCCCAUCAAGCGUGCCUUGGGCCUGGCAGACCUGGAGCGGGCACAGGCCAUGAUCUACAAGCUGGUUGUUAAUGGGCUGUUGGAGGAGCCCAGUGGAGGAAAAGCCAAGCCUGGAGUGAGGAGUGAGCCUGAAGGAGAGGGGGAAUGUACAGAGGGAGAGCAGUUGGCACAGACUCCAGUCACAACCAGCCCCUCUGCCUCCAGCACCACCUCCUUCAUGAGCUCCUCGCUGGAGGACACCACCACUGCCACCACACCCGUCACAGACACAGAGACUGUCCCCCCAUCCGAGUCUCCGGGGGUCAUGCCUCUCAGCCUCCUCAGGCAAAUGUUCUCAAGCUACCCCACAACCACUCUGGUUCCCACCCGGCGAGCUCAGACUCCCCCGGUAACGUCUCUGCCGACCUCCCCCUCAGACGAGGUAGGCCGCAGGCAGAGUCUCACCUCCCCCGACUCCCAGCCCUCCAGACCACAGAACAGAACGGGUACCUCUCUGUCGGACCCCAGCAGCAGGCUGUCCACAUCCCCCCCUCCCCCGGCCAUCGCUGUGCCCCUGUUGGAGAUGGGCUUCUCCCUGCGGCAGAUCACCAAAGCUCUAGAAGCCACCGGUGCCAAUGGCGAGGCAGACGCUCAGAACAUCACGGUGCUGGCCAUGUGGAUGAUAGAACAUCCCGGCACGGAGGAGGAGCAUGAAGAGGGUCACACCAGAGGCAGCAGUGUAGGCGGCGACGUCUCCGACUCGUCCUGUCCAGGAGCAACGGCCUCUUCUGGAGGCAAAUCUCUGGACAGGAGCCCAUACCUGUGCUCUCCUGGAGACAUCGCCAGUGCUGAUGCUUCAGAGAUGGAGGAGGGCUUCAGCGAGAGUCCUGAGGGUCUGGAGCAGGACAAUGCAUCGGCCUCCAGCGGCGGUCCGCUCAGAGGCCGCUCUGCUGCCGGCAGGAAACACCGCUUUGACUUGGCUGCACGCACGCUGUUAGCCCGCGCUGCUGGACUGUACCGCUCGGUGCAGGCUCACCACAGUCAAUCACGGAGGGAGGUCACCUCACUCCAGCAGCAGCAAGACCCCGGUGCCCUCUACGACUUCAACCUGGACGAAGAGCUGGAGAUGGACCUGGACGAGGAGACCAUGGAGGCCAUGUUCGGCCAGGAUCUGGCCAGCGACACGGAUAUUCUGGGAAUGUGGAUCCCGGAGGUACUGGACUGGCCAACAUGGCAUGUGUGCGAAACGGAUGAUCGCGAUGAAGUUGUGGUGUGCGAGCUGUGCGAGGCCAACGUGGCCAACUUCAACCAGCACAUGAAGAAGAGCCACCCAGGAUGCGGCCGCAGCGCCAACAGGCAAGGUUACCGCAGCAACGGCUCCUACGUAGACGGCUGGUUCGGAGGGGAGUGUGGGAGUGGAAACCCUUACUACCUGCUGUGUGGGGGCUGCAGAGAGAAGUACCUGGCCAUCAAAAGCAAAGCCAAAGUCCCUAUUGUGGAGAGGUAUAAGGGACAAGCUCCUGACCUCCUGGGGAAGCAGGACAGUGUCUAUGAAGAGGACUGGGACAUGCUGGACAUUGAUGAAGAUGAAAAGCUGACGGGGGAGGAGGAGUUUGAGCUCUUGGCCGGACCGUUGGGUCUCAGCGAGCGGAAGAUCGUCCCCGAGGCGGUCCAGUUUCCAGACAGCGACCCACUUGGAGCCUCUGUUGCCAUGGUGACAGCCACCAACAGCAUGGAAGAGACCCUGCUGCAGAUAGGCUGUCAGACCUCGGUGGAUAAGAGCUCCUCGGGCAGAGUCACCCUCGGCGAGCAGGCGGCGGCCCUCCAGAACCCUCAUGACCGGGUGAUGGCGCUGAGGAGGGUGACGGCUGCAGCCCAGGUGCUGCUAGCCAGGACCAUGGUGAUGAGAGCCCUGUCCCUGCUGUCUGUCAGUGGCUCCAGCUGCAGCCUUGCAGCCGGUCUGGAGUCUCUGGGUUUAACCGACAUCAGGACUCUGGUCAGGCUGAUGUGUCUGGCGGCUGCAGGCAGAGCCGGUCUUUCCACCAGUCCAACAUCUGGCUCCGGACACUCUGAAAGGCCCCGCGGGGCCACCAAGGCGAGCAAACCCAUCUCCUGCCUGGCUUACCUCAGCACAGCUGUUGGCUGCUUGGCCUCCAACAGCCCCAACGCUGCCAAGCUGCUGGUGCAGCUCUGCACUCAGAACCUGAUCUCUGCAGCCACCGGCAUGAACCUGACCACAGUGGAUGACCCCAUCCAGAGGAAGUUCCUGCCCAGCUUCCUGCGAGGCGUGGCCGAGGAGAACAAACUGGUGACCUCUCCAAACUUCGUGGUCACUCAGGCUCUGGUGGCCCUCCUGGCAGAUAAAGGGGCCAGACUCAGACCUGCCUAUGACAAGGCUGACAUGGAGAAAAGAGGUCUAAUUGCGCAAUUAUAUGCCCAUCCCUCCCAUAAUCCCUCCGCUGUAGGGCCUCUGGAGCUGGCCAACGCUCUGGCGGCCUGUUGCCUGUCCUCCAGGCUGUCGUCGCAGCACCGUCAGUGGGCGGCACAGCAGCUGGUUCGCACACUGGCCGCCCACGACCGGGACAACAACCAGAGUCGACCGCAGACUUUCGCCGACAUGGCUGGGGACCUGCGCAAGUGCUCCUUCAUCAAGCUAGAGGCUCACCAGAGCAGAGUCAUCACAUGUGGGUGGUGCAGUAAGAAAGGCCUGUUGGCGACGAGUGGCAAUGAUGGGACAGUCAGGAUGUGGAACGUCACCAAGAACCAGUACACCCUCCAGCAGACCUGCAUCUUCAACAAGGAUGACGGCUCUGAGGAGGGCAUGUCAGGUUUAGGAUCUCCCAGUGACCCUUGCAUGUCUCCUCUGGCAUGGAGUGUCACUGGAAAAUAUCUGGCCUCUGCCAUGGACAAACUUGUCAACAUCUGGCAAGUAAAUGGUGGUAAGGGGAUUUUGGAUGUGCAGCCUCACUGGGUGUCGGCGUUGGCUUGGCCUGAAGAGGAAGCAGAGUCUUUGUGGUGCGGGGAACCAAAGGACAUGCUGCUGGUGGGCCGAAUGGACGGGUCUCUGGGCCUCAUCGAGGUGCUGGACACCUCCCUCAUGCACCGCACGGAGCUGGAGCACUGCUACAGGAAGGACGUGGCAGUGAUGCACAUCGCCUGGUACAGUGAGGACAAGCCCUUCGCUGUGGGCUACGCAGAUGGCAAGCUGCUGAUAGGAUCCAAAGAGCCCUUGGACAAAGGAGUCAUCGUAGUCAUUGAUGCGCACAAGGAGUCCAUCACCAGCAUGAAGUGGAGUCCCACCGGUCAGAUCCUGCUGACCUGUGCCAAAGAGGAGACGGUGAAGCUGUGGGCCAGUCCUGACCCUCACUCUGACUGCAGCUCGGGCUCUGGCUGGCGCUGCCUGCAGAGUCUGAGACACCCCUCCCCUGUUAACGGAGUGGCCUGGUGCAGCCUGCUGGGCCGGGGCCCAAAGACCCUCAACAUGUUAGCCAUAUGCUGCCAGAAUGGCCUGGUCUCAGUCUGGACUGUUCCUCAAUGCGUCUCCAAUUUCCCAGAAUCCUCUUCCUCUGAGUCAGAGGGAUGGUGGGAGAAUGAAGCGAAACCUAAAUACAUGAGUCGUAGGAGAAAAGACUUCUUCCACUCACCUGCUGUCACUGUGUUGCAGUCUUCCCGGUGGUCAGGUAAAGGUGCAACGUGUGUUUUCCAGCUGAAGGGCCACAUCACCCCGGUGAGAACACUGGCCUUCAGCCCCGAUGGUAUGGCUCUGGCAUCUGGAGGAGUGGGAGGCCUCAUGAACAUCUGGUCCCUGCGGGACGGCUCAGUGCUCCAGACAGUAGUAGCCGGGUCAGGUGCAAUCCAAAAUAUUGUCUGGAUCCCAGAUGUAGGUGUCGCUGUCUGCUCCAACAGGUCAAAGGAUGUGCUGGUGGUGAACUGCUCCAAAGACUACAUAGCAUCCAACCAUGUGCUGGCCACUUGCCGCACCGCCCUGAAGAAGCAGGGCGUGGUCGGCCUCAACGUGGCGCCCUGCAUGAGGGCCUUUCUGGAGAGGCUUCCUGUCAUGCUGCAGGAGCAGUACGCCUACGAGAAGCCCCACGUGGUGUGUGGGGAGCAGCUCAUCCACAGCCCCUACAUGCAGUGCCUGGCCUCCCUGGCUGUGGGUCUCCACCUGGACCUGCUCCUGUGUCGUCCCCCUGUGCCGCCUAACUUCCGACACUGCCCCCCAGAGUCCGGCACCGCCGUCUGGUGUGCCAGCGAGUGGGCGUGGCUGGACUGCUUCUCUACGACAGUGAAGGCGGCAGAGGCCCUGGCUCGGGGCGCCACCUUCUCUGAGUCCUUCUCUGUUCCCGACAUGGAGCCUGUGCCCAAAGAUGAGAUGGCUCUGCUCAUGGACAACAGUAAAUGGGCGCAUGGAAUGGAUGAACAGAUCAUGUCCUGGGCCACCUCCAGACCAGAGGACUGGCACCUUGGGGGGAAGUGUGAUGUGUAUCUUUGGGGCGCAGGGCGACACGGCCAGCUGGCAGAGGCCGGCAGAAACAUCCUGGUGCCGACCAACGCCCCGUCCUUCUCUCAGGCACAACAGGUGGUGUGUGGUCAGAACUGCACCUUUGUGAUCCAGCCUAACGGGACAGUGCUGGCCUGUGGGGAGGGCAGCUACGGCCGCCUGGGUCAGGGCAACUCUGACGACCUGCAUGUCCUCACCGUCAUCUCAGCUCUUCAAGGUUUUGUUGUCACUCAGCUGGUGACGUCCUGUGGCAGUGACGGUCACUCCAUGGCUCUGACUGAGAGCGGUGAGGUGUUCAGCUGGGGGGACGGGGACUACGGUAAGCUGGGCCACGGGAACAGCGACCGCCAGCGCCGACCGAGACAGAUCGAAGCGCUGCAGGGAGAGGAGGUGGUGCAGAUGUCCUGUGGGUUCAAACACUCGGCCGUGGUGACUGCUGAUGGAAAGCUUUUCACAUUUGGUAACGGGGAUUACGGCAGACUGGGUUUGGGGAACACUUCCAACAAGAAGCUUCCAGAGAAGGUCACUGCUCUGGAGGGCUACCAAGUCGGACAGGUGGCUUGCGGUUUGAACCACACUCUAGUCGUCUCUGCUGAUGGAAUGAUGGUUUGGGCGUUUGGUGACGGAGACUAUGGAAAACUGGGACUUGGCAAUUCCACAGCCAAGUCCUCACCUCAGAAAGUGGACGUGUUGUGUGGAAUCGGCAUCAAGAAAGUGGCCUGUGGGACACAGUUCUCAGUUGCUCUAACCAAAGAUGGCAAAGUUUACACGUUUGGCCAAGACCGCCUCAUUGGCUUACCAGAAGGCCGAGCCAGGAACCACAACCGGCCCCAGCAGGUGCCGGCUCUGGCAGGGAUCCACAUCCAGGAUGUGGCAGUCGGAGCUGAACACACUCUGGUGCUCUCCUCAACGGGAGAUGUUUACACCUGGGGCAGCAACUCGGAAGGACAGCUGGGUCUGGGCCACACCAACCAUGUCAGAGAACCUACAGUGGCAACAGCGGUGCAGGGCAAGAACGUCCACCAGAUCUCUGCCGGACGCUGCCACAGCGCUGCCUGGACGGCUCCCUCUGUUCCGCCUCGAGCUCCAGGCUCGUCGGUCCCUCUCCAGCUGGGUCUUCCCGUGGCGGUGCCUCCUCAGUACAGCGUGCUGAAAGAGAUCAGCAUGGAGUCGGUGAGGGCUCGUUUGAGACUCCUGUACCACUUCUCCGACCUCAUGUACUCGUCGUGGAGACUGCUUAACCUCAGCCCCAACAACCAGAGCUGUACGUCUCACUACAAUGCUGGUACCUGGGGGAUUGUUCAGGGCCAGCUGAGGCCCCUGUUGGCCCCCAGAGUUUACACCCUGCCUAUGGUGCGCUCCAUUGGCAAGACCAUGGUGCAGGGCAAGAACUACGGCCCCCAGAUCACCGUCAAACGCAUCUCCACACGAGGACGGAAGUGCAAACCGAUCUUCGUGCAGAUCGCCCGUCAGGUUGUGAAGCUGAACGCCUCGGACCUCCGCCUGCCCUCGAGAGCCUGGAAGGUCAAACUGGUGGGAGAGGGGGCUGAUGACGCGGGUGGGGUCUUUGACGACACCAUCACAGAGAUGUGUCAGGAGUUGGAGACAGGGGUAGUGGACCUGCUCAUCCCCUCCCCCAACGCCACAGCAGAGGUGGGCUACAACAGAGACAGGUUCCUCUUCAACCCGUCGGCCUGCAUGGACGAGCACAUGCUGCAGUUUAAGUUCCUGGGCAUCCUGAUGGGCGUGGCCAUCCGCACCAAGAAGCCGCUGGACCUCCACCUGGCCACGCUGGUGUGGAAACAGCUGUGCUGCAUCCCCCUGCAGCUGGAGGACCUGGAGGAAGUGGACCUGCUCUAUGUGCAGACGCUCAAAAGCAUUCUUCACAUUGAAGACAGCGGCAUCACCGAGGAGAACUUCCAUGAGAUGAUUCCUCUGGAUUCCUUUGUCGGGCAGAGUGCAGACGGGAAGAUGGUGCCCAUCAUCCCGGGGGGGAACAGCAUCCCGCUUUCUUUCUCCAACAGGAAGGAGUACGUGGAAAGAGCUAUCGAGUACCGGCUGCAUGAGAUCGAUCGACAGGUGGCGGCGGUGCGUGAGGGCAUGUCGUGGAUCGUGCCGGUGCCGCUGCUGUCCCUGCUGACGGCCAAGCAGCUGGAGCAGAUGGUGUGCGGCAUGCCGGAGAUCUGCUGCGAAGUGCUGAAGAAGGUGGUGCGCUACAGGGAGGUGGACGAGCAGCACGCCCUGGUGCAGUGGUUCUGGCAGACGCUGGAAGAGUUCUCCAACGAGGAGCGCGUCCUCUUCAUGCGCUUCGUCUCCGGACGCUCGAGGCUGCCGGCCAACACGGCCGACAUCUCGCAGAGGUUUCAGAUCAUGAAGGUGGACAGGCCGUACGACAGCCUGCCGACCUCUCAGACCUGCUUCUUCCAGCUCCGCCUGCCUCCGUACUCCAGCCAGGCCGUUAUGGCGGAGCGUCUGCGCUACGCCAUCAACAACUGCCGCUCUAUCGACAUGGACAACUACAUGCUCUCCAGAAAUGUGGACAACGCAGAGGGCUCCGACACGGACUACUGACGCAGGCAGCCCCGCACAUGCACACAGGAAUGAAGUAUCACCUGGCACACGGACUGUCUGACCGGAACACGCACACACAGAGCGAGAUGCUUCAUCAUCGCUGCACCAGUUGUAGGGAACUCCUGAGCAGACACUUUUUAAAUCCAUUUUAUGUACUUUCAAACAGCACAGGUUUUCAUUUCUCCUUGUGGUUUAUUAGCAGUUUUUAAAUGACACAGAAAUCCACCCGAGGAGUGCAUUUAGUGUUAUCUUUUUUUGCGCAUUACUCCACAUCCCAUUUUCAGGGUUUCUGCAUGGAGGUUAUGUUUAUUUGUGUGGAAAUGUGAAUAGAAUAUUCAAAAAAGAAGCGCGAGGAGGAAAGGAAGAAUAUUGUACAUUGUGUAAAAUGCUUCAUUAGGGAACUGUUUUGCAUAAUAUCCAUAUUUAUUGUUUUCAUUGCCUAUGCCGAGUUUCCCAAAGCAUACAAAAAAACAACAAUAAAUGCUGCAUAACUGA